CAAAGGCGUCGAUCUAUCUUGUACCAUUCUUUUGCUUAUAUAUAUGAUCACUUCCAACCCCUCAAUUUGUAAGUAAUUCCAUUUUGACAAUCCAAAUUCCACCACCUUUAGGAUGGAUCUCACUUCUAGUGUAGGAAAUAAACUUGUUCCAGGAGAUGAAUUGGGCUAUGACAGAGCCAAGGAAGUGAAGGAGUUUGAUGAAACAAAAGCUGGAGUUAAAGGACUAGUGGACUCUGGAGUGACCAAGGUCCCAAGGUUCCUCAUCCAUCCACCAGAGAGCCUUCCAAAUCCAAUGCUAUCUCCAGCCACUACCCACUUCCAAGUUCCAGUGAUAGAUCUCCAAGGCUAUGAACAAAGUUGCCGGAGGAUGGAGAUCGUUGAUCAAAUACGUAAAGCAUCAGAAACAUGGGGCUUCUUUCAAAUGAUUAAUCAUGGAGUUCCAGUUAGUGCUAUGGACAAAAUGUUUGAAGCAGUUCAACAAUUCCAUGAGCAACCAAAGGAAGAGAAGAUGAAGUGGUACUCACGUGAUCUCAAGCAACCAGUUAAGUACUACAGCAAUAUAGAUCUCCUAGUCUCCAAAGCAGCAAGUUGGAGGGAUUCAAUUUCAUUUGAUUUCAAAUAUGGUCCCCUAAACCUUGAAGCACUUCCCCUAGCAUGCAGGGAGUCUGUAAGCGAAUAUUGGAAACACAUGAUUGAACUAACCAAGCCACUAAAAGAAUUACUAUCAGAAGCUUUGGGGCUUAGUACUGACUACCUAGCAAACAUAGAAUGCAUGAAAUCUGAAAUGUUUGUGUGCCACUAUUACCCAGCUUGUCCUGAACCAGACUUGACCCUUGGCACAAAAAAGCAUUCAGAUCCAUCCUCUCUAACUAUACUCUUGCAAGACAAUAUUGGUGGCCUGCAGGUUCUCCAUCAAGAUCAUUGGGUUGACGUUCCUCCAGUGCACGGAGCAUUAGCAGUCAACAUUGGUGACCUUCUGCAGCUAAUCACAAACGACAAGUUCAAAAGUGUGGAGCAUAGGGUACUGGCUGGACGUAUUGGGCCCAGAAUUUCAGCUGCAUGCUUUCUCCAUCCAAGUCCUGCAAGAAAACUUGGGCCAAUAAAGGAGAUUCUAUCUGACAGCAACCCACCCAUAUACAGGGAAACUCAUAUUAGUGAAUACGUUGCUCAGUAUACAUCAAAGGGACUGGAUGGAAACUCAGCCCUUACUCAUUUUAAGCUUUUAUAAACUAUGCUAGCAAUUAAUAGAAUUGAAGUU